AUGGAGGAGCCUCCAAAGUGCCUAGUGGAACACCCAGGAUUCCAGGCAGUUUUCCUGAAUUACUGGGUGUUACGAGCUGCAUGGCAAUACAAGCAGCAGUAUGGUGCCUUGGAAUAUGAAGAAUCAGAUCAUAAAAAAAGCAGGCACAUUGCCUUCAGGCCUUGGAAGGGACAUAGGAGUUACAUUACUGUCCUUGAUUCCUGUGCAGUUAAGUGCAUACGACCUCAUUUCCAGGAGCCUGAAAGGUUGGAAGAUGAGAUGGAGUUCAGAGGAUUCCAUUUUGCAGAUGAAUAAAUAUAUGAUAUAUUGCAAAUAACCCUACUUUAUAUAAAACAUGAUGCAAUUUUCACACUCACCACUGGAAGACUGGGCUAGAGCAACUUUUUUGCCAUUAAAAUGGUUGCUACCCAGCAAACAAAAUGCCCCUAAUUCAAAUAUGCAGCAUGGAAAUGUCAACAAUAAUUGUUGGAACUAAAAAACCUGUAAGACUACAUGGUCUUUUAAAGUCCAAUGGUGUGUGGGAAAUACAUAAUUCUUCUCUCUAUUUGCUCACAGCUUCUGAAUAAUAAUGGUGGAUUAGUGUUUGACUAAUAACAUGUCGCCCUUUUUUUUCCAACAGGUGUGAUUGUUAACUGGGAAAAUCUAUAUCUUAAUAAUAAAAUGAUAUUUUAUUGUUCAUUGCUGUAUAUCUUUAGGUUAUAAUUGGAAAUACUCAUUUUUAAAUUAGAAUUUACUAAUGGAUUGUUUCCAUCCAUCUUGCAUAUUUUAAUUGAUAAGGCAAUAAUAAUAAAGAAAACUGGUCACAGUUUAAGUGGACCAUACAGUGCAUGGUCAUCUAAGUCACUAAUUGCAGUAGUGACCUAGCUUAGCCUAAACUACAAAGAAUCAAAACAUUGCAGGGCAUUUUUUAGUUGACUAGGCUGGAAAGAUUUUAUCUGCUAACGAAAGAACCCGUUGCCUCAUCUCUGUUGGGCCUCUCUAUGGAUGCAGCAAGUAGUGCAGGGGUAUUCAGUUGCAGGUUCAACAUGUAGUUUUUUAAAGCCCUUGAAUUUUCUUAAUAGCCAACAAAGACUUUCGGUUAUGGUGCUUGAGCCAUAACCUUCAAUAAAAAGGUUCAUACUGCAGGAGUGAACCUUGCCUAGUUCUUUCUUCUUUUUCGCUCCCGUUAUGGAUCGCAUUUUUCUUCUUGGAAUUUUCCAUAAGUACCGCGUCGGGGAUUUAAAAACGGGUUAAUAAUUUCUUUUUUCCUUUCUUGUGAGAAGUCCCAAAGGGAAGUAUUGCAAAAGAAGCGUGACACGCGUGCUAUCAAGGCAGUUUUAUAGUGUUCGCAGGUAG